CGAUACACGUCCUCCCUUAAAUACUUUCACCCUCUUCUCCGCUCUCCCAAAUUAUUGUUUCAAAAAAGUUUCAAAAUUUUAUUCGGAAAUAAAAAUUAAUCUAUAAAAAAGUAACAGCUUUCACUUUCAUCUUUAAUAAAAUUUCGAUUUGUUGUGUGGUUUCAUUGUUCUAAAUUUUUGAGUUUUCCUCCUGUGCGAAAACUGGAUUUGUGAAUUAGUGCGGACAAAUUUGUGAUAUAGAAAGUAAAAUAGCGUAUUUUUCAGGGUUGUGAGGUGAAAUCAUAAGGUUGAGGUGGAAGAGAAAGUUGGAAGUGGUGAGUGAAAGAGAGAUUAUCUAGGAAUUCGUGCCGUGUAAAAAAAACUUACACAAAAUUGAUCUGGAGUCGUGUGAAGGAAUGAAGUCAAUUUCGAAGACGAUCACUGAAGCGUCUGACAAAGUGAAGGAAACCAUGAACACGGCCAUGAACAAGAGCUCCAACAUCGUCAGCGGUGGAGGACAGGUUAAGGACAUUGGUCAUCUCUACUACACGGACCUUGUCCCCUGGAAUCCAGAAGGUGGGAAAGAACUCCACGAGUUUUACCAGCGACUUUUGACCUACAUUUUGGAAUUUGUGGACAAGACGAACGACCGGAACGAGAAGAUUGUCGACUUUCACCACCCCGCGCAGCUCAUGGAAGUCAUGGACUUUUCAAUCCCAGACGAACCGCAGAAUCUCGAUCAGCUCCUCGUUGACUGCAAAGAUACCUUGAAAUAUCAGGUCAAGACGGGUCAUCCCUACUUUUUCAACCAGCUAUCCUGCGGCCUGGACACGAUUUCCUUGGCUGGAGAAUUCAUCACGGCGACGGCCAACACGAACAUGUUCACGUACGAGAUCGCUCCCGUUUUCAUCCUCAUGGAAAAUUUCAUUCUCAAAAAGAUGCGAGAAAUUGUCGGAUUUCAUGCCGGCGAUUCGAUCCUAGCGCCAGGUGGAUCAAUCUCCAACUUGUACGCCAUCAUUGUCGCGAGACACUGCAUGUUCCCGGACUACAAGAAGAACGGACUUCGCUCCCUUCCCAAAGGAUUGGUCAUGUUUGCUUCGGAACAUUGUCACUAUUCCAUCAAAAGUGCCGCAAUGGUGACCGGACUAGGAACGGAUAACUGUGUGUCGGUCCCGUGCGAUGAAAAGGGUAAAAUGAUCCCCUCCGAGUUGGAGAGGCUCAUCCUGGUCGCAAAAGAAGAAGGGAAGCAUCCCUACUUUGUCAACGCGACGGCAGGCACCACGGUUUUCGGAGCGUUCGACCCCAUCAAUGAUCUCGCUGAUAUUUGCGAUAAGCACGGACUCUGGUUGCAUAUUGAUGGCGCAUGGGGUGCAAGUCUUCUCCUCUCCAAGAAAUAUCGCCAAGGUCGAUUUGACGGGGUUGAGAGGGCACGAUCUAUAUCUUGGAAUCCGCACAAAUUGAUGACCACUUCGCUCCAGUGUUCCACCGUACAUUUCAGGGAACGCGGAAUCUUGGCCGGGUGCAACUCGAUGAAUGCGGAUUAUCUCUUCCAACAAGAUAAGCACUACGACGUGCGAUACGACACGGGCGACAAGGUCAUCCAGUGCGGACGACAUAACGACAUUUACAAACUGUGGUUGCAAUGGCGUGCUCAUGGCACCAACGGUCUCGAAAAAGCGAUCGACCACAUGAUGGGUAUCCAAGAAUACAUGGUGGAACGCCUCAAAUCCAUGCCGGACAAGUUCCACCUCGUCCUGGAAGACCCCGAAUGUACGAACGUUUGCUUCUGGUACAUUCCCGAACGUUUCCGCAGCAUCCCGCACUCCGUUCAGAAGGAGCAAAUGUUGGGCGAGGUGACCCCCACGAUCAAGCAGCGCAUGAUGAACGCUGGCACGCUAAUGAUCGCGUACCAACCGCAGGGCAAAAUUCCCAACUUUUUCAGAAACAUUAUUUCCAACCCGGCCGUGAAAAAGUAUGAUAUUGACUUCCUCAUCACGGAGAUUGAUCGAUUGGGACAUGAUCUCUAAAUAAUUUUUGCAAAAUUUUGAGGAGAAAAAUUUGCACAGGUUUUUGUUUAAAUUUGCGAUCCUGGCUCGAAAUCUGUUCUUCUGCCGAGAAUUACUUAAAAGAAUUUUGUUUUGGAGGAGAGGAUUGCAAUUUUGAAAUAGAUAAAUCAAUUGCAGGAAACUUUGCAGAAUUUUGGGGACAAAAAAAAUCUGAAAUUUUGCACUGUUUUUUUUAAAUUGCAAUCCUGGCUCGAAAUCUGUUCCGCCGACAAUUAAAAGGAUCCAGUUUUUGAGGCAGGGUUACAAUUUUACAUGAAAUAAAUCAAGAAACUUUGCAAAAUUUUGGGAAAAUAAAAACGAAAUUUUGCACUCUUUUAAAUUGCAAACCUGUUCUUCUGCCGACAAAAUCCCGUUUUUGAGGCAGGAUCGCAACAAUUUUUCGCACGGAUAACUUCUUAUCAAUUGUAUUUACUUAAUUGCCCCUAUUUUUAAGUUGGAAAAGUAUUUAAGGGAAGAUUAACUAACUACUAAUUAACUAAUUAAAUGCGAUUGGUGGAUAUGCAAAUGAUAUGUAAAUUAAAUAUAUACCAAAAGAUUAUGGAACGAGUAAUUAAGCGUGCUUAGGACGUACCUGCGAAAACUGCUGCAAACUGGUAGUGUGUAAACCAUUAAAGAAAACUAUUAUGUGUUCUAAAUAUUUAGAAAAUUGAAGAGAAAAAUUAUGACGACAGAAAUUUUAUGACAGAGUAUUUAAAAACCUGGGAAGGAAUUUUGAAAUUCAGAAAUAUUGUUUAGGAAAGUGUAGAAAAGGAUUGUGCUGGACAUAAAUUUAUGUAAAUUGCUGAGACGAAAAGUGAUGAACAGAAAGAAGAAGAAAAGUUGUGAUAAAUUGAGACAGGAAAUAAUCAUGAAAUGGGAAAAGUGAGAUAUUUAAUUAUGUAUCGUAAUUAUUUAAUUAUUUAUGUAAUUAGAGAAAUAAGAUAAGUUGGGGUUAUCUAAUUUGUGCAUACAUAUACGUUUCUUGAUCCUAUUGGAAUAUUUGCUCGAGAUACAUAUGCCGACUUAUCGAGAGUAUAAUGGUUGCGAUAAGGUGGAGAAACGGGGAGGAAAAAUAGGUCAAAAGUAAUGAUUCUGCAUAUAAAUUAUAUAAAAUUACGCAAAUUGCACGCUUUUUGCUAUCACCACGAAUUGCACAAAUUUUGCACUUGCUUUCACCACAAAUUGCACAAAUUUUGCUAUUUUGCUUUCACCACGAAUUGAAUAAAUUGCACAAAUUUUGCACUUGCUUUCACCGCGAAUUUCACAAAUUCUGCUAUUUUGCUUUCACCACGAACUGCACAAAUUGCACAAAUUUUGCACUUGCUUUCACCACGAAUUGCACGCUAUUUUGCUUUCACUUCAAAUUGCACAAAUUUUACUACUUGCUUUCACCACAAUUCUCUCUCAAAUUCGCACAAAUUCACUUCUCUCACAACUUUUUGCACACUAUAUUUCCUCCUAAAAAAACAGAUAACCCCUACUUAUCUCUAUCUCUCAUUCUAACAGAAAGUCUGCCGGUUUGGACAAUAUAUUAGACAUACAUAAACAUUCCUAAAAAUCUGUUAACAGCUUGUGUAAAAAAAGGAAACCCGUGGCUGAGUAAAAUUUACAUAAAUAAAUCUUACUCAUCCCCCUUCUUACCAAAUUAUAGCCUUAAUUGCAUCGUGUCGUCCCCCACAAUUUCAGCCUCGUAUAAUUAAUUAACUAAUUAACUAAUUAAUUAAUUAAACUAAACUAAAUCAAUAAAAAAAAUCAUCAACGUAGCAGAGCAAUCAAUCAGCUUUAUGGUAUCGUAGCAAUAUUUGUAUCAUAGAAAUCUAGGCUAGUUAGCAAUACAUAAUUAAUUAAUUAAUUAAUUACAAUUAAUUUACUAAUUAAGUAAUUAAUUAUACUAAAAU